UGCCGACGAUAACAUGUGAGACUAAGCGGUGUAUCCACGUGUAGCAAAACGAGGGUUUGGUAGUUGACGAGAGGGGUGGUGGAAGCAGUGGCACCCAUGGAAGGCCCCAAGCGCCCCCUCGACCUAUCCUCCGCCGCCGCCGCCGCUGCUGCCGGCGAGCCCAACCCCGCCUCCCCCUCCCCUUCCUCCUCCUCAUCCUCCUCUGCUUCCGCGUCCAAGCGCCGCCACCCCCCCUCCGCCAGGGUCCCCUUCCGGUCCCCUCCCCCGCUGAAGCCUUCCUCCGUCCAGAUCAUAUUCCGUAUCCUUUGCCCCGGUGACAAGUCCGGCGGCGUCGUUGGCAAGGGUGGCGCCUUCCUACGCCGGUGCCGGGAGGAGACCGGUGCCAGGAUCCGCGUCGAGGACCCCGUCCCGGGCUCGGACGAACGCGUGGUCGUUGUUGUCGCCGAGGCCCAGCCGAAGAGGUGGGCGGAGGCCGGCGGAGGAGAGGCGGAGGCGGAUGCCUCGCCGGCUCAGCGCGCGUUGAUUAGGGUUUUUGAGCGGAUACUUAGGGUCGACGAGGACGGGCUUGGGGAGGGAAUUGAUGGAGGAGGAGGAGGUACCAAGGAGAAGGGAAUGCAUGGGUUGGUACUUUGCCGGCUGCUGGCGCAGGGCAACCAAGUAGGUUCCGUUCUAGGGAAAGGUGGGAAAGUUGUCGAGAAGAUCAGACAGGGGAGUGGAGCUCAAGUUAGGGUUUUUGGGAAGGAUCAGGUGCCAACAUGUGCCUCUGCUGGUGAUGAGCUGAUCCAUAUAAGUGGGAGUUUCUCUUCUGUAAAGAAAGCUCUUCUAUCUGUGUCGAGUUGUUUACAAGACUACCAGAGGACAGAACCGACUAGUUCUGCCAGAACUGUUCCCCUUGUACCUAUGGACCCUUAUGCUCAUUGGAACUACUUGCCCAGCCCUCAUGUAUCAGAGUAUCAUUUUCGAGGUUAUGCACCAAAUCCAGGACCAGAAAUCAGUCCAUCCAGCCAGAGGAAGGUUGAGGUUGUAUUUAGAAUGCUAUGCUCAAAUGACAAAGUUUGGAGCAUUAUUGGGAAAGGCGGUAUUGUUAUUCGGACAAUGCAAAAUGAAACUGGUGCUUCAAUUAAGAUUGCAGACCCUGUGUCAGAUUCAGAUGAAAGGGUUAUUACAAUAUCUGCACAUGAGAUUUCAGAAUUAUGUCGAUCUCCUGCGCAAGAUGCUGUACUUCGUGUUCAUUCUAGACUUUCAGAGAUGCUUGACAAAGGCUCUGCUGUGGCUGCAAGACUGCUUGUUCCUUCACACCAAAUUGGAUGUUUAUUAGGUAAAGGUGGUGCAGUAAUUGCUGAAAUGAGACGAGCUACUGGGGCUAGUAUCCGGAUCUUUUUGAAGGAACAAGUUCCCAAAUGUGCUCAACCAAAUGAUGAAGUUGUUCAGGUAACAGGUACCUUUCAGUCUGUUCAGGAUGCAUUGCUUCUAAUUACUAGCAGGAUUCGGGAUAUUAUCUUCCCGUUCAAAACUUAUUCAAGUGCGGGAAUAGGCCAGUCGGCUCAUGCAACAUAUGAAAUGCCUUUUGUUUUGCCUACAGCAAGACAUGAACUGACCCCUUCCGGAGCUAACCCCCCAGUAAGUAUUUCUGAUAGUGCAGAUCAUGCUGUUGGUUUCCACAACACUCUAGAUAGGCAACAUCCUGUCUCACAAAGUGUAGAUCAACUUGGGGUUGAUCGAGGUUCUUAUGGCAAUGAGACAACAAGACCUUGCCCCCCUGCCACUGAUUGUGCUGCCCCUACAUUGACUCCUGAGGUAGUGAAUAGUGGAAAUACCAGAAGAAAUCAGGAUGCUGGAACAAGCUUAGAUUUUGAAAGUGGGCUGAUUGGAAGUGGCAGCCAGGCCAAUGUAGUAAGAAGCAAAACUGUUGAAGUUGUAGUUCCUCAGCAAUAUCUUGGAUUUGUUUAUGGUGAUAAUGGCAGUAACCUUGCUGACUUAAGAGAGAUAUCAGGGGCAAAGGUUGCAGUCCGUGAUCCAAAUCCUGGGGCCACCGAAGGAGCGGUCACCAUAUCUGGGACCAUCGAGCAGACCCGAACUGCGCAAAGUCUUCUCCAUGCUUUUAUCUUAUGUGGGCUAGAGCACAACUGAGGUUUUUGUGGUUGGUGACUUUCUCAGUCUUGAAUAUUAGGAGGUUUUUGCUGUGAAUCUAUGCUUGCCCCAUUUUGCUGGCUCAAGAGGUGUGGAAUGUGGCUGUUGCUUUUUAAUAGGCAUCUGCUAAUUUGCAGGAUCCGCUUUUUGCGACUGGAAAGGUUUGCAUGAAGUUGUUUAUAUAUUUAUGGAUAUAUAUUCUUUCAUCAAUCUCUUUGUAUAUGAAUGUUUAUAUGAAUUUAAGUUUCGUGA